GCGGUGACCUCAUGCCUGCACUGCGCAAUCUUGGCAAUCGUACGCCCCCGGGAGACCCUUUCGCAAAGGGUGAGGCUCGGCUCCGGGACCCCACAGUACUUGACAGCUAGCGUGUGCAACGGCGCAGCGUAACUCGCUUCAGAAAGCAUCCUUGGACAGCAUCUAAUGGACUAGAUCCCUUUUGUGCCCAUACUCCUUUGCCUGCUCUAUACAUAUUGCCCUUUGUUCAUUAAAGAUGCAUGUUUUUACUCUACUGGCGUUUCUCCUGCCAGUGACAGCGCUGCGGCCCAAUGGGCGCCGCUCAACGUACACGCGCCGCUCGGCGGACGCCAUCACGUUCCCGCAGCGAGAUUUCAUCGGCGAUCUUGGCGCGCGGUACCAGCAGCUCGUUAAGGAUCACUACGUGCCGAUGGCCUGUUUACAAGCCGCGGUGCUAGCGGGCGGCGCCGACAUCGCCACCCAAACCCUCGAGCAUGCGCAAGCUUUAGAUUACUCUCAUGUGGCAGCCAUGUCCACCGUCGCGUCCACAAUGUCCGGUGGUGCGAACGCCGUCUGGCUCCGCAUGCUCGAGGAUAAGUAUCCGGGCCGCGAGACCGACGCGAUAUUUAAAAAGACGAUGAUCCACGCCGUCAUCCUCGCGUCGAUUAUCAACAGCGCGUACCUCGCCGGCGUGCCUGCCCUCACGGACAUCUAUUCCUCGGGAUUACCGAUCACGGAGGGCGUCGAGGGCUGGACGGUGCCCGAAUUUAUCACGUUGACCAAGCUCGAGGUCUGCAUGUUCAUCCCGUACAACACGCUCGCCUUCUCCUUCGUGCCGCCGCGCGUCCGGCCGCUGACGCACGCCAUGGUCUCGGCGACGUUCAACGUCGCCGUGUCGGCCGUGACGCUGGGCUACUGGGACGCCUGGGUGCGCGGCGCGGCGCACCUCGCCCACCUGAACUAGCGCACGAGAUUGCGCUCCCCUUCCCCCAACCAACAAAAAAAGUAAGGAAUGUAAACGUUAUCCCAAAAUGAUUACCCAGGAAGA